AUGCCUGCGCUCGCUUCUGCAGAGGUAGCAAACGCCUUGAAAGACCUUGAAACAUCUCCCAACAACAACAAAGCGUCCGCCUACAAUGAUCUGCUUGACAAGAUUGUAUCCACUAGCUUGCCGGAUACUCUAGCAUCCAAUCUUCAAGCCUACCUAGAAUCUCUCCUCGGCGAGUCCCUCGGCAUCGUAGCCUCGAGACCUCUCCUUGCAUCCUUCGUAACCCGCUUCCGGUCAUUGAACAAUCCCGAUGUCCAGAUCGAGGUGGGGACGCACGCGUUAGAGCUCCUGCAGCCCAAGGUCGUGUCCUACGAAGAGCAAGACACCCAGAUCAAAGAGAUACUAGCCAGCGCGUACGAGACACAGGAAGAUUUCACCUCCUCCGCGAAGGUCCUACAGAGCAUCACUUUGGACAGCAGUCAGCGAGCGGUGUCCGCGGACGACAAAGCGAAGAUAUGGACAAGGAUCGUGAGGUGCUACCUCGAGGAAGACGAUCCCACAUCGGCUAUGAGCUACUUGAACCGCGUCAAGAAUGUCCUUUUUGAAGUCACAGACAAGGAAACGCGGCUGAAGUUCGCGUUGAGUCAAGCGCGAAUCCUUGACUCGCAGCGAAGUUUCCUCGAGGCCAGCCAGAGCUAUCACAGCAUCAGCUUCGAGAGCAUAGUCGACGAGGAGGAGCGGCUCCAGGCGCUGUCUGCAGCCAUUGUUUGCGCCGUUCUUGCGCCUGCUGGGCCGCAGCGGGCAAGAACUUUGGCCAGGUUAUACAAAGACGACCGCGCUUCCCAGGUAGAAGAGUUCAGCAUCCUGGAGAAGAUCUUUCUUGACCGCCUGCUCUCGCCCUCGGAAGUUGCCGCUUUCGCGUCGAAGCUUCAACCGCAUCAGCUGGCAAAGACCGCCGAUGGCUCAACAGUGUUAGAAAAGGCUGUCCUCGAACACAACCUUCUGGCUACGUCGCGUCUCUACAACAAUAUCGGCAUCGCACAGCUUGGUGAUCUUCUAGGUGUGGAUGCUGACCGAGCAGAAGGCUAUGCGGCGCAGAUGAUUGAGCAGGGCCGUCUGGCAGGGUAUAUCGAUCAAAUCGAUGCCGUCGUCUUCUUUGAGGGCGAGGGAAGCGGGGAGAGGAAGCGAGGACAAGCGGAAAGGCUUGUGGGGAGGGAGAUCAGGAAGUGGGAUGCCAACGUGCAAGGUCUGGCGGAAGAGGUAGAGAGGGUUGCAACGAUGAUCCAGAGCAAAUAUCCGGAGUUUUACGCGGCGCAUAUGAGUGUAGCCUGA